AUGAAGUUAUCUACAACAGUUGUUGCAACCAUUGCAACCACAGCUUCAUUAACACAAGCAUUAAUCCUUCCCACCUCAUUCAAUGACAUCCAACAGAAAUUCCAAUUGGUAGACCAAUAUGCUUCCAAGUUUACCGAAUCCCUUUCCCGUGGUCCUAAGGCCAUUAUGAACAUUAUCACCCAGGUAAUGAAGGAACCCAUUCCAGAAGAAGCUCGUAAAGUCUGGCUGGAUAUGAUUUUAGAAUUCCCCGAGGCAGUUCUGAAAUUGAAUUUUAAAGCCCCACCUAAACCGGCUCAAAAAUCCAAUCAAGCUGUUUUUGAUUUUCAUGUGUCUGAUGAGAAGCAUCCUAAUCAUAAGUUGAGAGUCAAGAAGACUAACCCAGCAGAGUUAGGCAUUGAUAAAGUUAAACAAUACAGUGGUUAUUUAGAUGUUGAAGAUGAAGAUAAGCAUUUCUUUUAUUGGUUCUUUGAAAGUAGAAACGACCCAAAGAAUGACCCAGUUAUUCUUUGGCUUAAUGGAGGACCUGGUUGUUCUUCCAUGACUGGUUUAUUCUUUGAAUUGGGUCCUGCUUCAAUUGGUAAAGAUUUAAAACCAAAAUACAAUCCAUACAGUUGGAACAGUAAUGCUUCAGUUAUCUUCUUGGAUCAACCAAUCAACGUCGGAUAUUCCUAUUCUUCCCAAUCGGUAUCUAAUACGAUUGCUGCAGGGAAGGAUGUUUAUGCAUUCUUGGAAUUAUUCUUCAAACAAUUCCCCGAAUAUUCAAAUGUUGAUUUCCAUAUUGCCGGAGAAUCAUAUGCUGGUCAUUAUAUUCCUGUAUUUGCUUCUGAAAUCUUAUCCCAUGAAGACCGUUCAUUUAACUUAUCUUCCGUUUUGAUUGGUAAUGGUUUAACUAAUCCUUUAGUUCAAUAUGAAUAUUACGAACCAAUGGCUUGUGGUCAAGGUGGAGCCGAUGCAGUAUUAUCUCCACAAGAAUGUGCUGCUAUGGAACAAUCCUUACCUCGUUGUCUUUCAUUAAUCAAGUCUUGUUAUGAAAGUGAAUCUGUAUGGAGUUGUGUCCCUGCUACAAUUUACUGUAACAAUGCUCAAAUUGGUCCUUAUCAACGUACUGGUAGAAAUGUAUAUGAUGUACGUAAAGAUUGUGAAGGUGGUAGUUUAUGUUACACUGGAUUACAAUACAUUGAUGAUUAUUUGAACAAACCAGAAGUUAUGAAGGCUCUUGGUGCUGAAGUUGAAAAGUACGAUUCAUGUAACUUUGAUAUUAACAGAAACUUUAUGUUUGCAGGUGAUUGGAUGAAGCCUUAUUAUAAACAAGUUACAGAAUUACUUUCAAAGGACUUGCCAGUCUUAAUUUAUGCUGGUGACAAGGAUUUCAUUUGUAAUUGGUUAGGUAAUGAAGCUUGGGCCAAUGAAUUAGAAUGGGAAGGAGGUGCCAAAUUUGCCAAAUCCCCAGUUCAAAAGUGGAACGUUGGUAAGACGCAUGCAGGUGAUGUGAAGAAUUAUGAAAACUUUACAUUCUUAAGAAUCUUUGAUGGUGGUCAUAUGGUUCCUUAUGACCAACCAGAAAACUCAUUAGAUAUGGUUAAUAGAUGGAUUGGUGGUGACCAUAAGUUUACUUAG